AAUAACGCUCCCCCUUUAAUAUAACACAAAUGAUUUUUGCCAACAGGAUGGAUACAUGAGUAAGUUUGAGUCACUGAAUAUCUAAAGAGUUUAACAGAGGUUGGUUCAUGUGUCUGCAGAAAGUCACCUUCAAAUCCUGAGGGAGCGUGUAUGAAGUACACGGGUGAAGGAAGCCAUGAAGGCACUCUGAAGGAGUUCCAGCCUUCAGUGUUUGUGAUGAUGAUGGAGAGUAACAGCCUGGUCUGGACUCUUACUGUCCUGAUGAUAACUGUGAUGUUGUCUCCUGCUGAGGGAGAGGCUCCGUUUGCUGUGAACGUGACUCAGGAUGUGUACAAGGCAGAGGAGAACAGUAACGUCACUCUAACGUGGUUCUACACUGUCAGCAGAGACACACAACCUCAAGACCUGGUUAUGGACAUUUCACAUCAAGAACCUUUAAGACGUGUUUAUCAUGUUGGAGAGAGGUCACAGUCUGUUUACCAGCUUGACAGAGGACGGUUUUCCUGUAAUAAAGAACUCUUUAAGACAGGACGCAUUGAAUGUGUCUUCAGAAACGUGACUGUGAGCGACAGCGGCCUCUAUAGGUGUGUGGUCGUCAUCAACAAAAAAAGUGCCAACAAACUGUGUCUCCUCAAUGUGACGGCCAAUCAUCAUCCUGCACAAGGUCAACCAGAACCAGAGAAUCCGGUCCGGGAAAGGAUUUGGCUCAUCAUUGUAUUUGUAUUUGUAUUGUCCGUAUGUUUGUUAUUAUUUAUUUGUUUCAUUUAUACCUCCAAAUCACAACAAAGCUUCCUCAUUUUACCGGUGCACAGGAUGAGAAGGUUACAUGAAUAGACACCACUCCCAUCUCUGGAUGGAGCUGCACCUCAAACUGAGAUAAAUAAAAUAGAAUCAGGCAUCAGAAAAACAACAAAUACAGAAUAUUUGUCAGAAUUAAGUAACAAGAAAAACAGAUGCAAUAUUAAGAUGAUCGCCGGCCACAAGCUCUAAGCGUCACUAAGAUACCCAGAAUUUAGAUAAAGUUGAGGCCGCGGCCCGAUCUGUUUACCAAAUAAAUGAAUAUAAAAGAGUAAAAAGCAUAGUAACAUACUAUGUCAGUAUGCUAACCAUACAAAAUGGAAAAUAAGUUCUUGUUGGAACACAGUUAUUUGAGCACAGUGGAUUAGUGGUGCCCUUAAUUAGAGUAAGCAGGUAAAGAAAAUAGAUUGAUGGACGAGUAUUGACUUGAGUUGUGGAUCUUGGUGUUUAUGUCAGUAUGUUAGUGGGACACAAAAUCAUGACAAUCCCUCUCCAAGAUGUUGGAUGUAAAUAUUGCAGCAAGGAGCUCGAUGUCCACUCUUUUGUUUAAUUAUCUCAGAGAGAGUUUGAAAACAUGCAGGUGAUCUCCAGGAACAGUCACUGACCCCUGAUGACAUCUAAUAUAUAAAGCUGAUCGCGUGUGUGUGCUCGAGAUGCACAACCACAGUAAUUCAGCAAUUGACGCCAAACUUGGUAUGGCGACUGGGGGCACCAAGGGGGAGGUCACUGGGGCCCUCAGGUUGAAAGUGUAGGUGUGCAAACACACACACACUCACAGUCAGCCUUAUAUAUUAGAUCACAGCCUGCUCACUGGAGCCCUUAUUUUCGCAGUUCACGUGGUACUCAGGUCAGAUAGCAGCAUCACAAUUUGCUUACUACGUCGUAGCGACUGGUUAGUGUGCACAUUAAUUACAAUCUGAAUGGGCCAGCGGCGUGUACGAUUUAAAGUGUACAUUUGUUCAAUUAAAUGUACCUUCUUGCGCGACAUGUAAGAGCAUUGCAGUGAUAUGACCUGCUGUCACCUUUUUAUCAUCAUUCACUUGUCUCAUGAUGUCACAAAUUGCUCGCUGAAAAUUAAUGAUGACAACAGUCACACAAUGUAACUUACUGCACUUUAAGUAAACUGACAUGAAAUUAUACAAUAACAUGGCUAAAAUUAAUCUCAAUUAUCCGUGCAUAGAACAAGUAACUCAGCUCAUUAUUUAUGAAAAAACUUUUUGGUUUGCUGAAGAGAAAUUAUGCAAGUUUAACAACAUUUUUAUAAAUGUUCAGUUUCAUUCAUAAAAAAAUAAUAAAUAAAUAAAAUCUUGGUUCUUUGGGUGUUUGACCGAAUUCAAACAGCUGAGUGACCCGUUUUCUUUUCUGCUGCACUUUACUUGUUAUGACGAAAAUGAUGAAUACCUGCUUUUAUAUUUUAAUAAAAUUUAUUUGUUUGUAAAUGUGA